AAAGUCCUGAAUGAUGGCUCAUACUUUGGAGGUAAGCACGGAUCUCAAAACCAAAAAUGGAUGGUACAUCCACAAUGCAUACAUGAAGUCAAUGGCAACCAUACGCCUGGCAUGCCACUACACAUCUACACACGCAAAAAUCUCACAUCUUGUAACAAGUUUGUCAACAAGCCGUCAACAAGUUGUCUUCACACUGCUUGUCACAAGUUGUCAACAAGUUUGGAACAAGCUGUUGACAAUUUGUAACAACCUUGUUGAUAUUAUCAGGCUUGUCACAAGGUUGUUCCAACAAGUCUGAUACAGUCAUGAUAUAAAAUAUUGUUACAACCGUGUUUCAUCAAUCUUGUAACAUUCUUGUUAUAUCAUGACUGUAUCAAACUUGUUAGAACAACCUUGUGACAAGUCUGAUAAUCCCAUCAAGCUUGUUGCAAGUUGUUAACAGCUUGUUCCAAACUUGUUACAACAACUGGGAACAAGCAGUGCGAAGAAAACUUGUUGACAGCUUGUGAACAUAUUUGUAACAACUUGUUUGCAGUAAAAAUGCACAAGUUGUUACAAGUCUGCAAACAAGUUGUUACAGGUCUGUUCACAGGCUGUCAACAAGUUGUGUUCGCACUGCUUGUUCCAAGUUUGUUGUAACAAGUUUGGAACAAGCUGUUAACAACUUGUAACAAGCUUGAUGGCAUUAUCAGACUUGUCACAAGACUGUGCUAACAGGUUUGUUACAGCCAUGAUAGAACAAGGAUGGCAACACAAGGUUGUAACAAUCUUGUUAUACCAAGCAUGUAACGGACUUGUCAGAACAACCUUGCAACAAGUCUGAUGAUUUCGACAAGGUUGUUACAAGUUGUCAACAAGUUGUUCCAAACCCGUUGACAACUUGUGACAAGCAGUGCGAAUACAUCUUGUUGACGGCUUGUUGGCAGACUUGUUACAAGAUGUGAGAUUUUUGCGUGUGUGACAAAUGUUGGAAUUAGGGGCGGCCCGGCGGGGUGGGGUGGGGUGGGGGUAGGGAUGGAUCUGAUACAUCACAAUAAGAGGGGUCACAUGAAGUAUAUACCCUAGUAACUGCCAUCAUUCAUUGGUACAUUUUAUCUAUUCUAGAAAUUUGCCUUCUCACAAACGCCCGUCGUAUAGCGACCGUCAUUGCGACCUCCACUUGUGACACGUUUGUCUUGAGUACAAGCGAUUUUCACGACGUCUUGGAAGACUACCCAGAGAUGAGGGCACAAAUGGAAAAAGUCGCCGAAGAACGCCUAAACUACAUCAAAAAGUAUCAUAAUCGUAAGGGGUCCGUCAGUCCGCUCAUGGGUAGCAUUUCUGAAUCCGCUGGCCACCAGCAGGUGUAA